AUGGCGGCGACCUCAGGGAUGGUCGACCCUCGAAUCUUCGAGCAGCUCCAAACCAAGAUCGACGACGACGCCGAAGUUAGAGAACAAAUCAAAUCAAUAACCCAAACACUCGAGAGACAAGGUCGAAGUGCGCAGUCCAUCUUGUCAAGAGCUCAUUCUACACCUGCUGCCAAUCUCCAACCGGUCCUCGAAGCCGCAGAAACCUCGAUCAAAGACGAGAUAGACAGCAUCAGCAAGCUCGCUGCCGCCACCGCAAGCUCCCCAUACUACAAAUACAAUGGUCUUUGGACUCGCGAUGUGCAGAAUGUGGUCUUCUCGAUCCUGAUGUGCGGAUGGCUUGGUGGGAUGAGCAAGGAUGGCAAGGUGGAGCCGGGCAAACUUCUGACGAUUGAGGAAGUUGGAGAAAUCCUUAAUGUCCCAGUCAACCUCAAAGACCGCGACGCUUUCCACAUCACCAUCGAAGAGUACCUUCAGUCUCUCAUCAACCUGAUCGACGAGCUCUCUCGCCUUGCCAUGAACUCUGUCACUCUCGGAGACUACCAGCGCCCGCUACAAAUCAGCCAGUUCGUCAAGGACAUUCACGCAGGUUUUCAGAUCCUGAACCUCAAGAACGGGCCGUUGAGAGUGAGGAGCGAUAGCAUUAAGUAUAGCGUCAAGAAGAUCGAGGAUAUUGUGUACGACCUGUCCUUGCGCGAUUUGAUUCCAAGGGCUGGGGCUCCGGGCGCUUGA